AUGCCUGUAAGCUACGACUCCAUGCUGUUAUACGACAAGUACACGUAUGUGAAACAAAUAUUGGACUCCGAAGAUGAGAUAUGGUGUUGUUCGCAGUGGGUGGACGAUUGCAAAGCGUUCAUACAAACUAUCGACGAUAAAUUAAUCCCUGGUUCAGCCAAUAAGAACGUCGACUUGACUAAUUCAGAAAAAACUGAAACUGUUGAAUCUGACGAUGAUGUUAUUGAAGUGAUUCGAGAUGAAGCUCCUAUCGAAAUAUUGUCUGAUGGUGAAGAAUUAGAGCGUGAACUAUCGCAAAGAAUGAAUCUCAACACUCAAUCUUUUGACUCUAUGAGCCCAUUUGAAAUGGAUAAAGUUCCUUCACUUUUUAAUGAUCCGCUUGCAAUGUCUACAAUAGACGAAUCAGUUGUGCCUUCAUUAGUUGCCUCCACUUCAUUGUUAAACAGUGUUGAUAACGUCGUUGACUCUCUAAGUAAUACAAUAGAGAAUUUUAAUGUUUGCGAUACCAAUACACAGAAUGUAAACUUAAAUCCAAAUCAAUUAAUAGAGCACGUUGACCCUGCAAAUUCAAAUGUCAAUGAUAAUAGUGAGAAAAACAGUCAAAACAAUUUUAAUGAUAAUACAGAAAGCAUUAAUGUAACUGAUAUUAAUGUCAAUGAAACAGCGGAAAAUGUUAAUAUCACAGAUACAAAGACUAAUGAGACCACGGAAAAUAUUGACGUUACUGACCUCAAUACAAAUGAAAAGACAUUAAAUGUAAACAUUAAUGAACUUAAUCUAAAUGACGAUGGCCCACAAGAUGUCGCUGAUGACAUAAAACCGGAUAAUACUGGUUCUAAUUUAAAUGAAAGCUCAGAAAGUAUUAAUGUUACUGACCACACCCCAGAAACCGACAUGGAUGCUGCGAAAGACGAAGAAGAGAAAAAUAAAAUCUGAAGAAUUUCUACUUAAUAUGAUGAGUAUGGAAGAUUUGAGUAGUGAUGAUGAGAAACCGCUAAUAAAACAUGUGUCAAAACGUAAAGCAGAUAAUUUUGAGCAUGAAAGUGGAAUAAAGUCUUCUUGUGAAUCUCAGAAUAUUGUAGACAGCUGCGAUGACCCUCUCUCAAUAUUUAAAAAGUUUU